UCACAUGUGACGACCAGAGAAGGUUAUGCGCGAUUGAAACAUGGCUGCUUGCACACGGAGGGCUGCAGAGGUCCUCUGUUUAGUAAGGACCUUAAGACAAAUUCAGCAUCAAAAUGAACGUUUUAUCUCAACGUCGCUGCCCCACCUUGCUGCGGGAGGAGAUGGUCGACCACCUAAAUUCACCCCACCACCUAAACCAGUUAUUGUUGACAAAACACAAUCCGAAGCUUCAUUACGACGGUUUCUUAGCCCUGAGUUCAUCGCUCCACGUUCUCGAACCAGCGGCUUGAAGUUCGUUGUUGAGAGGAAGGAUAUGGUCCAGAGGCGUAAAGUACUCAAUAUCCCUGAAUUUUAUGUUGGAAGCAUUAUGGCAGUGUCCAUGAAGGACCCAUAUGCCAACGGGAACACGAAUCGCUUUGUGGGUAUAUGCACGCAGAGAAAAGGCAGCGGGCUAGGAGCCACAUUCAUCCUUAGGAACAUCAUCGAUGGACAAGGUGUAGAGAUCUGCUAUGAGAUGUACAGUCCGCGCAUCCAAGCCAUUGAAGUGCUCAAGCUAGAGAAGAGGCUGGAUGAGAACCUAAUGUACCUACGCGAUGCUCUCCCAGAGUAUAGCACUUUCGACUUUGACAUGAAGCCUGCACCCCAUAAUCCCACUGCAGAUGUUCCCAUCAAUACUGUCAAAGUUCGGAUGAAGCCAAAGCCAUGGUCCAAGCGCUGGGAGAGGCCAAAGUUCAACAUCCAGGGCAUUCGCUUUGACCUCUGCCUGACCCCUGAGCAGAUGGAGCAUGCUCAGAAGUGGGCGCAGCCCUGGCUGGAGUUCGACAUGAUGAGGCACCACGACACUGCCCAGCUGGAGGAGGCCAUCUACAAGGAGGUGCAGGCUGAGCUCAGCAAGUGAUGCCCCCCCCCCCCCCCCAAAGGGAGGGAGGAAGGGUGGACUGAUGGACAGACUGAACUGAAAGUGUCACAGGGUUCCAGCGACA